AUGAAGUUCAACAUCGAUGACUUGCCCGUGCUAUUCCCCUACCCCAGGAUAUAUCCAGAGCAAUAUGCCUACAUGUGCGAUCUCAAAAAAACUCUGGAUGCUGGGGGUCACUGUGUCCUAGAGAUGCCUUCGGGCACUGGCAAAACUGUGUCUCUGUUGUCGCUCAUCGUGGCGUAUCAGCAGUACAUGCCAGAAAAGCGAAAGCUCAUCUACUGCUCUCGUACCAUGUCUGAGAUCGAAAAGGCAUUGGUUGAACUCAAGUCUCUCAUGAAGUACAGGGCUGAGGAGCUCGGUUACGAGGAAGAGUUUCGUGGCCUUGGUUUGACGAGUCGAAAGAACUUGUGUCUUCACCCAUCAGUCAAACGAGAGAAGAGUGGCUCUGUUGUUGAUGCUCGCUGCAGAAGCCUUACAGCCGGCUUCGUCAAAGAGAAGAAAGACCGGGGUGAGAAUGUGGAUGUCUGCGUCUACCACGAUAACCUCGACCUUCUUGAGCCUCACAACCUCAUUCCCAACGGUGUCUGGUCCUUUGACGAUAUCAUUCGGUAUGGUGAGGAACAUAAGCAGUGCCCUUACUUCACUGCGCGGCGCAUGAUGCAAUAUUGCAACGUUGUCAUCUUCUCUUAUCACUACCUCCUUGAUCCAAAGAUCGCCGAAAGAGUGUCGAAGGACUUCUCUAAGGACUGCAUUGUGGUUUUCGAUGAGGCUCACAACAUCGACAACGUCUGCAUCGAGUCCCUGAGCACAGACAUUACGGAAGAUUCGUUGCGCAAAGCGACUCGUGGUGCCCAAAAUCUGGAGAAUCGGAUAGCGCAGAUGCGCGACACAGAUCAGGAGCAGCUACAGAACGAAUAUCAGAAGCUCGUGCAGGGGCUCCGUGAUGCGGACGAAGCCCGUCAAGAAGACGCCUUCAUGGCAAACCCUGCCCUUCCUGCAGAUCUGCUCCAAGAAGCUGUGCCAGGAAAUAUCAGGAGAGCUGAGCAUUUCGUCGCCUUCCUCAAGAGAUUCAUCGAAUACUUGAAGACACGGAUGAAGGUUCGCCAGGUUAUUUCGGAAACGCCACCGUCAUUCCUAGCUCAUCUCAAGGAGCACACCUUCAUCGAGAAGAAGCCUCUCCGAUUCUGUGCGGAGCGACUUACAUCGCUGGUAAGGACCCUCGAGCUUACCAAUAUCGAGGAUUACCAGCCACUUCAAGAGGUCGCAACGUUUGCGACUUUGGUGUCUACAUAUGAGAAAGGUUUCCUUCUCAUUCUCGAGCCCUACGAAUCGGACACAGCCGAAGUCCCGAACCCCAUUCUUCAUUUCACCUGCCUUGAUGCUGCUAUCGCUAUUCGGCCUGUGUUUGAGAGAUUCUACUCGGUCAUUAUCACAUCGGGUACCAUCUCACCGCUCGAAAUAUACCCCAAGAUGCUUGACUUUUCCACAGUCAUUCAAGAGUCAUACAGCAUGACCCUUGCACGGAGGUCAUUCUUGCCUAUGAUUGUCACCCGAGGUAGUGAUCAGGCAUCCGUAUCAACAAGUUUCCAGGUCCGAAACGAGCCCAGCGUGGUGAGAAACUACGGUAACUUGUUGACCGAGUUCGCCAAGAUUACGCCCGAUGGCAUGGUUGUCUUCUUCCCCUCGUAUCUCUACAUGGAAUCCAUCAUCAGCAUGUGGCAAGGAAUGGGUAUCCUUGACGAGGUGUGGAAGUACAAACUCAUUCUAGUUGAGACACCCGACGCCCAGGAGACUUCGCUCGCUUUGGAGACGUAUCGGACCGCGUGUUGUAACGGCAGAGGAGCUGUUCUGCUUUGCGUCGCACGUGGCAAGGUCUCGGAAGGUAUCGAUUUCGACCAUCAAUAUGGUCGUACCGUGUUGUGUAUUGGAGUUCCCUUCCAGUACACGGAGUCACGAAUCCUCAAGGCCAGACUGCAAUUCUUACGAGAAACAUACCGCAUCAAGGAGAAUGACUUCCUAUCCUUCGACGCCAUGCGACACGCAGCACAGUGCCUAGGCAGAGUCUUGCGUGGCAAGGAUGACUACGGUAUCAUGGUUCUCGCCGAUCGCCGAUUCCAGAAGAAACGAACUCAACUUCCCAAGUGGAUCAACCAAGGCCUUCAAGAGGCGGACGUCAACCUGAGCACCGACAUGGCCGUCAGCAGUGCGAGACGAUUCUUGAGAACCAUGGCACAGCCUUUCCGGGCUAAGGACCAGGAAGGCAUCAGCACCUGGGGAUACAAGGACCUGAUGGAGCACAAGGAGAAGAUGGAUCUGGAGAGGAUCAAGGAACUUGAGGAAGCUGCGCAAAAGCCUCAGCCGGCUGCACCUAUCAACCAAUACGAGUAUGACGACGAGGAGCUCGAUCAAGACAUGAUGGAGAUGGAUGGUUUCUAG